GCGUAUUCCUAAAACCGACAGGUUCACCGAUCCUCGACAUUCGCCAAAAAGUUCCAUCUGUCACCGAUCAUGUGCCACCGGAAAACCGAAAACGGCCGAUGGACGUCAACUACUGUAAGAUCAACUGAAAUCCAGAAGGGUGCCAUUUCUGCCGAUCAUGUGCUCCACUAGCCUAGCACGAAUAUUGAAGUCCCUAUGCAUCGCCGGGGAUCUGUCUAAGGCCGUCAGUCUCUUGUGGCGGAGGCCCGUGUGCCCCGACGCUAGGACCUACGCGCUUCUGCUGCAAGAAUGCGUGAACCGGAGGGACGCGAAGCUCGGCAAGAGGGUGCACGCACGCAUGGUCGCCACCGGGUUCCGCUGCAACGACUACAUCACCACUAAGCUGCUCAUCUUCUACGCCAAGAUCGGGGACCUCGGUUGCGCGCAGAAGCUGUUCGACGGAAUGCCGCACAGGAGCAUUGUCGCGUGGAACGUCAUGGUCUCGGGGUGCGCGCGCGGCGGCGCGGAGGCGUGGGCGGUGGAGACAUUCGACGCGAUGCGGUCGGAGGGGAUGCGGCCGGACCAGUUCACGUUCGCGUCGGUGCUGUGCGCGUGCGCGAGGCUGGCCGCAUUGGAGCACGGCCGGCGCGUGCACGGCCUCGCGGUCAAGUCGGACGUGGGCGGCAACGUCUUCGCCAACAGCGCGCUCGUGGACAUGUACCUCAAGUGCAGCAGCCCCGAGGACGCGCACCGGGCGUUCGCGGCCGCUCCUGAGCGGAACGUCACCAUGUGGACCGCGGUCAUCUCAGGGCACGGCCAGCACGGGCGCGUCGCCGAGGCGCUGGCACUCUUCGACCGAAUGGCGCAGGACGGGUUCCGGCCGAACGACGUGACGUUCCUCGCCGUGCUAUCGGCGUGCGCGCACGUCGGGCUCGUCGACGAGGGGCUGAAGCGGUUCACAUCCAUGUCGUCGGACUACGGCCUCGCCCCGAGGGGCCAGCACUACGCGGUGGUGAUCGACAUGCUCGCCAGGGUCGGCCGGCUCCAGGACGCCUACGACUUUGUCAAGAGCCUGCCGGACUGCCAGGAGCACUCCGUAGUAUGGGGCGCACUGCUAGGCGCCUGCAGAAAGCACGGCGGCGACGUACGGCUGGUCGAGCUCGCCGCACGGCGCUUCUUCCAGCUGCAGCCAGGGAACGCCGGGAAAUACGUUGUCCUGGCGAACACGUACGCCGCCCGCGAGAUGUGGGACAGUGUGGCCGGCGCGCACGAGGCGAUGAGGUCGCUAGGCGUGAAGAAGGACCCCGCCUGGAGCGCUGUCGAAGUGCAGGGCAAGAAACACACUUUCCUCGCCGGUGACUCGUACCACGACGAGUGCUCGGCGAUAUAUGAGGUCUCCAAUGCGUUGGCCUGCGCUGUCACUGAGCAGUCCAUGGGAGCAACGGAUGGUGUCAGUCAUUGCUGAUCGAUGUGCACUGCUCUGCUUGGUUACUGCUGCAUUUCAGGAUGGAAUUGCCUUGCUUCUCUGAAGCUGCUCAGAAAUAUUAUCUUCUCUGUGAUCCGAAUGCCUCGUUCUUUGCCGCGCA